UGCAGCGACAUCCUCCUGAGCUUCUCCUUGAACAUCUAACUAGUAACACUUCAUUUACGACAGAAUAAUGGCUGGCGACAAUGGUGCAUUCGAGAUAAAGGCUAUACAAAUCCUUCACGCAAAGACCAGAAGAUGUAUCUACGAGACUUUGAUGUCACCAUCACCGCUCCCAUUGAAGACGGCUUGUCGAUCCAAGAUAUCAAAGUCCCCAGUCAACGAGAAUAUAAGGGUAGAAAGCCUGUCAUAGAGUCCUCCCUCGCUGAUGCCCCCUGUGCUGAGCUGGGUGUUAAGGGACUGUUGGAAACACUGAACAGCACACUUGGCACCAGCUUCAACCUCACCCCUUCUCUCUCGUCCCUUCUCGAAGCAUAUAUCUCGAACGAAUAUGACUUUGGCACCGCAUAUGGUUAUCUCCGCCCCAUAUGGUAUGACUGCGACUUGAACGUCAUCCAAGAAUCACUGUGCACCUGUGAAGCGAUGGACUUAAAGAUACGAGAAGAAGCACUGGUUGAUGGCCAGAUUACUUCGGAGGGGCUACGCAUGGCGCCUAGGCCGUGUCUGGGAUCUCUUCAGCAAUCGGGUGGUGCCAUGAGCCUUCGCAAAAAUGUGAACACUCCCAUCAAUGGACAUCAAUGGCCUGUGCCCAUCCCAAAAGAUGCCGAUCUCAAUCGCAUCCGUAUCGAAAUGCUGAAUCUCGGAGCAGAGUAUGCAUGGCUGGACGUCCUCUGUUUGAGGCAGAAAGGGAGGCUAAGGCACUUGGAGGAUCUGCAUGUGGAGGAGUGGAGGUUAGAUGUGCCCACUAUUGGAAAUGUAUACACCUUGGGAAAGGUGGUUUGCUACUUCACCGGGCUUGGACUGCCCCUGCAGCAUGAUGGGAGUUUCGGUGAGGGCCAUUUCGAUAGCGAUCGGAGUUGGUUCAAACGUACAUGGACAUUACAGGAGACAAGUGACAAUUGGAUGAUAGGUGGGGAUACAGGCAAUGAGAAAGUGAAUAGGGAAGUACAGGGAAGAUUCAAGUUGCAACUGUCAUCCUUGCAAAAGGCUCUGAGUCAGUCCACAGAUGUGUUUGACUGUCUAUCGCUGGUGCGGGAUCGUGCAGCCGAGAAGGAUGUAGAUAAAGUUGCAGCACUGGCAUACUUUUUGCCAUGUUCCACCAUGCCAGUGCACAAUGACACACGACCCUCAACAUCUGUGAUUUGCUCACAGCCUGGUGGUUUCACAAUGAUUGAACCCACAUCUACUUCCAUCAGAACGGGUGAUCCAACCUCUGGACACAUACCAGCAUACUCUGAGCAGGAGUCUGCUGAAGAUGCUUGGACAGGCCUGGUGAAGGUGAUGUGGGAGAGUUAUCGUUCAGAGAUGCUCUCUCAGUAUCCUGAGCCCGGGUCUGAACCCCAUGUAUGGAGACCAUCAUGGGAGCAGGCUAUGAACUGGAAGGAGUGCUCCCCAAUUCAACUUUUUCUGCCCUUUGUUGAAUAUGAUGCAGAGGCAGGUUGGAUGGAGAGGAGCAUCGAUGCGAAAUUUCUGCUCGCCAUCAACAAGCAAUACCAGAUGGUGUAUAUUCAUUGCUAAUAAGUGGCUACUAUUAUCAACAUAAGGUUCUGUGCAUUGUUGGGUGUAGGAGAUUCGUGCUGGCACGUUGUGCCGGUACUCUCGUUCUCUUUAUCCCUAUCUUAUCUUUACCAUUACCUACUUACUAUUCUACUCUUUUACUUUACUGCAGUGAUCCCAC